AUGAAUCUGAAGCUCAACAUCCUUGGCCAUGAAUUUGCCAACCCCUUCAUGAACGCGGCCGGUGUUCUCUGCAGCACGGAGGAGGAUCUUCGUCGCAUGACGGCCUCCACUAGCGGCUCACUUGUGACUAAGAGCUGCACGGGCGCCCACCGCGAUGGCAACCCCGAGCCGCGCUACGCGAGCCUUCCGUUGGGCAGCAUCAAUUCCAUGGGGCUGCCAAACCUAGGAUUUGACUUUUACCUGAACUACGCCAGUCAGCUGCACGACUACAGCAGGAAGCCGCUGUUUCUCUCCAUGUCGGGUCUUUCUGUGGAGGAGAAUGUGGCGAUGGUGCGCCGCCUCGCCCCUGUGGCGCAGGAAAAGGGGGUUGUGUUGGAGUUGAAUCUCUCCUGCCCGAAUGUGCCUGGCAAGCCGCAGGUGGCGUACGACUUUGCGACGAUGCGCACGUAUCUGGAGCAGGUGUCCUCGGCGUACGGGCUUCCCUUUGGCGUGAAAAUGCCGCCGUAUUUUGACAUUGCCCACUUCGAUAUGGCAGCAGCCGUCUUAAACGAAUUCCCGCUUGUCAAGUUCGUGACAUGUGUGAACAGCAUCGGCAACGGCCUCGUGAUUGACGUGGAGACAGAGUCGGUGGUGAUCAAACCGAAGCAGGGGUUUGGCGGGGUGGGCGGCAAGUACAUCCUCCCCACAGCCCUGGCGAACGUAAACGCCUUCUACCGUCGCUGCUCGGAGAAGUUGGUGUUUGGCUGCGGCGGCGUCUACAGCGGUGAGGACGCCUUCAUGCACAUCCUUGCCGGCGCGUCGAUGGUGCAGUUGGGAACCGCACUACACGAUGAGGGGCCAGACAUUUUUACGCGUCUUGCAGAUGAGUUGCUGGCGAUCAUGACGAAGAAGGGGUACAAAACUCUGGACGAGUUCCGCGGACGUGUCAAGACUAUUGAGUGA